CAGGCAUACGCAUGGGGCGGCAUAUCGAGGAGACGAGGGGUUCUGGGGGCUCAGCGGCCGCGGCCAGCGAGGCAGUCGGGUCAAAUCGGUCUCUAGCGCUGCCGCAGCAGGCUCGCCGCAAGGGACACCACCAGGGUGAUGGUGUGCCAUCGCUCAAGCAGCAGACCGCGCUUCGGCCGCCCGCGGGUUGGAUCUCCCGGGGCACUUUUUCAGAAACGGUGAAAACACGGCCCUGCCGCUUCCGGGGCCCACUAGGGGCGAGGGCCCAUGCCGAUCUCGGCAAACAACAGCGCGUAAAAAGCACGAUCCCCCGACGGCUCAGGCGCCCGGCCGUGCCCCCGGGGACGCCCACGGGCAGCCGCCGCCGGGGGGCGGUGGCGCAGCGGAGAGGGAGCGGCAAUGGGGCGGCGGCCAGGCACGGCACGCCCACGAGGGGCGGCUCCGCCGGGGCGGCGGAGCGCACGGCGGAGGGGCCGGGGAACGCAGGGGACAGCCUCGGAGGCAGCCGCUGGGAGGUGCUCGUCGGACAGACGUUUGCUUUGCAAAGAUGGAGCCCCAUUUGGGAGCUGUUACGCCCGGGAUGGGCCUCGGACUCUAAGCAGGAUUGAGCCGGAUUCCGCGGGAGGAAGCGGCAUCACGCCGCAUUGAGCGGGAUUGAGCCGGAUCUCGGACCAGGGCAAAACCAGAAUCUGACCUCCCAGGAGUUGCAUCCGAGGACAGCGACUCGGCGAGAUGGUGAAACGUCCCGCGGCAUGGCAGGAGCGGUCGGGAAGGGAGGAGGGGGGAGGGAAGGCAGGCAAGGGAGAGGCGGGGGGCGCGGGACUCCGGGAGAAGGAGGAGGAGGAGUGACGCAGUGACAGAAGGCGAACAAACAAGGUAAGCAGCGGCGCGCGCAUCUGGGAAAGAUGCGCGCCUGUUCGCGGGCGCGGCAGGGCCCAAAACAGGCGCGACGUCCAGGCCAGCCAGACAGGGAGUACCCAGGCACAGCAGCACCCGGAACACGGAGCCCCGACGUACGCUUGCACGCCGAGAGGAACGUGCAACAGAAACUCGUCGACAGCAGCCGCCCUGCCUCCCGCCCGAGCGGGCGUGCGCGGGGAGCGCACGCGCCGGCCAAGAAACCGCAGUGCUGUCGUCGUCG